AUGAGGCCACCUCAUGGGGCCCAAAACGGUGGGCCCCACACUUAUUCCAACAGUGAGAGUGAUGAGAGUGUGGCAAACCAGCCUGCAUCAUCACCCUGCUAUGAAGUUGUUCUAAAUAAAGAGUAUUCUGGUGAGACCAACAUUCUGAAUAGCAAUAACCUUUUAAUGGGUCAUUUUGAAAAAAAACAAAAACAAAUCACUUAUUAUUGAAACCGGCUUUGAACAACUUUACUUUGAUAUUACUCUUUUAUAGAUGGAAUAAAAGGAACGGUAGUAUCACAGGGUGAGGAGUGACUGCUUUAUUAAAAGCCUGUUUUUACUUGUUUAUUUUGUUAGUACAAGGGUACUGCCGUGUAAAGUCAAAGAGUCAGUGCACAUGGCUGUCGACAUCAGCUGCUAUGAGUGCUAGUUUGGUUUUGCAUGACAGGGACGGAUUUCAACCUGCUCUGUGUGCCCCAUAAACUAUUUUCUGUUCAUAGAAGCUGGUUUAACAGAAGCACACAAGUCAGGUGAUGAGGGCAGUUUGACAUCACUACAACAGAGAACCUCUGCAACAUCUGCUCAAAACCAAAGGAUGUCUAAGAAGAGAGAUGAGCCCAUUCAUAUCCUGGUACUUGAUCUUCUGAGAGAAAAAAAAAAUGUUUGCAUGAUACUCAGUGUAAAUGCAUCAAUGAAUCUAUUGUUACUGGAGUCAUUUAUAUGAUGCAGUCCGGUAAAACUACUGACAGAAUUAAGUAAGUGUGCUAUUUAUAUAAAUGAAAUCAGGGGAAACAUGUAUGUGCUGAUGUGCAGGGGGGGAGACUUAGUAUUCCCUAAGGUCCUAAUCAAUUAUAAAGUUGCAAGAAGACAUUAAUAUGUAGCAUGAAUCUUUUUUUUUUUUUUGAUUAGUCUAUACCUUAAAUUAUAACCUAACAUAUACACAAAUAAAGGCUUGAAGGUAGACAUUAACCCAGUUUAAUCACUAAAGGAUAUCAAAGUCAAACUUUGUAGUCAGGGUUAGAAAUUCAGAUGUUUCUCCAUAUUUCAGUGAAGUAUUUGUCUAAGUUUACAGCAUUAUUAAGAGAAUAUCACUCUGUUCCAAAAUAAUUUAUUGUGUGACUUUGAUGGAUUUUAACACUCAUUUUGUCAUCUCAUCAACUUUUGUGUUUUUACUGUUUAUGCCUUAAGUAUAAACUUAAACAAUUAUACAAGUCAAGUUUGAGCUCUGAAUGAUGAUCUUUGUGACAAAAUAUUUAGUGUAACUGUUAAUGUGAAAAUCUAACUCGAACACUAAAACCUUAAACAUGUUUGUUUUCUGUCUACUCAGGUAAACAGGCUGUCACCACAGAAGCUCGACACCAGAGGAGUGCACUGCAGUUCAAAAACAUAAAAAUAUUCUUAGUGAUGAACCAAGUUCCAG